AUGACAUCAAUAACCAAAGACCCCUCCACCAGCGGCGCCAGCCCCGACUCCGACUCCGAGGACGAUUACAUGAAAAUGACUUUCGCCGACGAACCCUCCACAACAACCUCCAGCAAGAGUGGAAAGCCCAUCGAAACCUCUCUCCAGCGCCGCCUCCGCCUCCAGCGCGAAGGUGAGAUACGCGGCCGUGUCAAAUCCAAAGCCGAGCUCGCAGCCGAAGAGGAAGCCCGUCGGGAAGCCGCACUGUCAACCUCUCUGUUUAGCAAAUUCGUUCCUUCGCCAUCAACGGCACCCUCGAUCACUUCCCCUUCGUCAGCAACAGUACCGCCACCACCACCCACAGCAGCAAAAAGCAAAGGUCUAGCGAUGAUGGCCAAAAUGGGUUUCGUCCCCGGCAAUGCUCUAGGUGCUGGAGCCACGGAGGGUCGGACGGAACCCAUCAAAAUCAGCAUCAAAGAUGGGCGCGAGGGCAUCGGGCUGGAGAGCGACCGGAAACGCAAGAUGAGGGAGGCUGCCGAGGCGGCCGGGGAAAUGGCCAAGAAGGCCAGGGUGGAUGAGGAAGGGUAUCGCGAGCGUCUGAGGAGGGAGAGGGAGGAGGCGAGGCUGGAGAGACAGGUACUUGCUGCGCAGAAGGUGGCGGAGGGGAUGGAUGAGGAUCAUGAGAAUGAGGUGAGAGGUGCUGGUGAAAAGGGCAGUGGUGAGGGGGAAGUGCAGAAAAGUGAGGAGCAGGAUGAUACCAACGGCGGUAAUUCUCAAGCAAGGAGGAGGAGGACUCGUACCGACUCUUGCCGGCCCCUUCGCUCCAUUCCCGUUGUCUACCGCGGUCUCAUCCGCUCGCGCGAAGAGGCCAGGCGCGAGGCUCUGAUGCGGCAUGACCUGGAGCAGAGUAGCACUCUGUCGUCCACGCGACUACCUACGUAUGUCGAUGACGAGCUUGAUAUGGACGACAAACAUGCUCUGGGUAAGGAUACUACUCCCGUUCAUAGGCCAUGGAACACGUAUGUAAUGGCGGAGGAUCUCGAUGAAGAGGAUCCGGAACUGGAUGAGUUCAACACUCUCAGCCCUGACCAGCGGUUACGGCGCUUGGUGCAAUACAUGCGCAACAAGCAUCACUAUUGCUUCUGGUGUAAGGCUAAGUAUGAUGAUGCUGAGAUGGAUGGCUGCCCUGGGUUGACAGAGGAGGAACAUGAUUGA